AUGGCCCCCACUCAAUCUACUUCAGGCGACCUUCCAAUUGAUCCACCUCCUUCUAGAACAACUACAAUUGUCAACACAUUUGAAAAGGAACCUGAAGGCAACAGAGUCCGUAUCACAAUCAAACAGGGAAAGAGGACUGUUACAGCUAACAAAAGCGAAGGGUUACUCUUCAUGAAAAAUUCAAACGAGAAUCGCAAAGCCAAAGACCCUGUGCUAACAGUGACUGAUCUCAAAAAGAGAAAAUUUGGUGAUGAGUAUGGAGAUCGCUCUGGGAUGAGAAUGUGGGGUUAUGAACCUGAGUCUAAACUAUGGGCGGUUAAGAGGAAUUCUGGUCACUCAGAACACUACAAAAACAUCCAUGAUUUUCACUCAAGGACAAAGGUCGACCUCUCUGAACUCUCUAGAGCCCCAUUCCACAAUCCCUCUAAUAAUCAAAGCGCUACAAAUUUCCAUCAGUUCCUGAUCAGACAGGUUAGGGAUAAUUUCCCAUCAAUGAAGACAACAAAAGCCAUGAUUGUAAAGGAUAAAGAUAUUUUUGAUCCUGAGACUAAUUGA